CAAGGGCCAGACACGCUUACACCCGGCUAGAGAUGGCGGCGGCAGCGGCGGGGGACUCCGACUCCUGGGACGCGGACACGUUCUCUCUGGAAGAUCCGGUGCGGAAGGUGGGGGGCGGCGGCACCGCCGGCGGGGACCGCUGGGAAGGCGACGACGAGGACGUCAAGGAUAACUGGGAUGAUGAUGAUGAUGAUAAAAAAAAAGAAGCAGAAGUAAAACCAGAAGUAAAAAUUUCAGAAAAGAAAAAAACAGAGAAGAUAAAAGAGAAAGGAUGGCAGCGGAAGAAAAGGCAAGAAGAAAUUAAAAAGAGGUUAGAAGAACCUGAAGAACCUAAAGUGCUAACACCAGACAAACUGCGGCUAAAGAAAUUACAGGAAGAGUCAGACCUCGAAUUAGCGAAAGAAACAUUUGGUGUUAAUAAUACAGUUUAUGGAAUAGAUGCUAUGAACCCAUCUUCAAGGGAUGACUUCACAGAGUUUGGAAAGUUACUAAAAGAUAAAAUUACACAAUAUGAAAAAUCACUAUACUAUGCCAGUUUUUUGGAAGCCUUAGUUCGAGAUGUGUGUAUUUCAUUGGAAAUUGAUGACUUGAAAAAGAUUACCAGUUCAUUGACUGUACUUUGCAGUGAAAAACAGAAGGAAGAAAAGCAAAGCAAAGCCAAAAAGAAGAAGAAAGGCGUGGUUCCCGGAGGGGGAUUAAAGGCUACCAUGAAAGACCAUCUGGCAGAUCAUGGUGGUUAUGAUGGAGGAUAUGUUCAAGAUUUUGAAGACUUCACGUGACGUUUUAUCUUCUCCUGGUGUCUUCUUUCUGUUGCCCACAAUCCCUUCAACGUGUAGCACAACUUCCUUUCCUUUCAGUUCUGCCAAAUGCUACAAUCAGAAGUGCA